AGUCCACUCCGCUCACCUCGGAGCAGCUUGACGUGAAUUUUAAACCGACGGCCAAAAGGCUACGCCGACUUCCGAGCGACAGGUGUCACCGUGAAAGCUCGGUUCCCCCGGUGUUCCCGUAGUGGUGAGUGCAUGUUGGUAUUUCUGCGGGGACCCGCUGAGCUGCUGACAGGUGUCGGGGAGAGAGAGAGAGACAGAGAGACAACAUGUCCAAUGGGAAAGAUGCAAAUGCUGCAGAAAACUACAGUCCCAUAUUUGUGUUUCUUGCUGCAGCUCCUCGCAGAUGACUCUGAAAGAGUGCCUGGAUGAGUGCAUGGAGGCCCUGGACCUCUUCCUUAACAACCACUUCACCGAGAGCCUGGAGAAGCUGCGGCCAAGAGUGAACGAGAGCAUGUACCACGCUCUAAUCUACGCCACAGUGCUGGAAAUGCAGGCCAUGAUGACUUUCCAGCCCGAUGACAUCAGCAACGCCGGGAAUACCAUGAAGAGUGCCCAGGACGUCUGCCAGAGGUUCCGACGGAAACCCCCUGGUUUGUCUAACAAAUCAGCUGCGGAAUCGCUCACUGAAGUGCAGCUUCAUGCUGAAGUGUGUUACGCAGAGUGCCAACUCCAAAGAGCUGCCCUCACCUUCCUGCAGGAUGAGAACAUGGUGAGUUUCAUCAAAGGAGGGAUCAAAGUACGAAACAGUUACCUAAUAUACAAAGAACUGCAUUCCUUCAUCAAAUCUCACAGCUGUCUCAAAGGACCCAGCCACGUUCACCUAGAGGGAGGAAUAUCGUUUGGAAUAGGGGCGUUUAACCUGACACUCUCUCUAUUUCCUCCACGGAUACUCAAAGUUUUGGAGUUCGCAGGAUUCUCCGGAGACAAGGAAUACGGUCUGUCUCUGCUGCACGACGGUGCGACGGGAUUGAAUCUGCGCUCCAUGCUGUGUGCUCUGCUGCUGCUCUGCUAUUACACCUUUCUCACGUUCAUACUAGGUACAGGUGAGGGAGAGGUGACUGAAGCCGAGAGGCUGCUGAAACCUUUCCGUCUCCGCUACCCACGGGGAGCGAUAUUCCUCUUCUUUGCAGGCAGGACUGAAGAGAUCAAGGGGAACAUUGAUGAGGCGGUGGCCCUCUUCGAGGACGGCUGCAAGGCCCAGCAGGCGUGGAAGCAGUUCCACCACAUGUGCUACUGGGAGCUGAUGUGGUGCUUCACCUACAAGCGUGUGUGGAAGAUGGCGUACUUCUACGCAGACCUGCUGAGCCAGGAGAGCCGCUGGUCCAAGGCCAUGUAUGUUUACAUGAAAGCUGCUUACCUUAGCAUGCUGCGUGAAGACGAGGCCCGGCCCUUUGGGGAGGACGAGGUCCAGCUCUUUAGACAGGUGCCCACCUUCAAGCAGAAGAUAGCAGGGAAGUCCCCCCCGACCGAGAAGUUUGCCAUCCGUAAAGCCAGACGCUACAAGGCCCGCUGCCCCAUCAGGCUGCCAGUGCCGGUGUUGGAGAUGAUGUACAUGUGGAACGGUUUCAGUAUGAUCAGCAAGCGACCAGAGCUGACUGAAGGCAUGAUUCAGACUUUGGUGGAGGCGGAGCGCAUCCUGCUGGAGUCUCCUGAUAACGAGUAUUCGGUGGACGACCGCUGUUUGAUCCACCUGCUGAGGGGUCUGUGUUUGAAGAACCAGGGUCUCCUCCAGGCUGCGGAGGAAAGCUUCAGGAAAGUGUUGACCAGUGAAAAGAAGAUCCGGUUUGACCACUACCUGGUGCCAAACUGUCUGGUGGAGCUCGGUCUGCUGUACAUAGACCUAGGCAGACGGGACGAAGCUAUUAAGAUACUGCACAAGGCCAAACAAAACUACAAAGAAUACUCGAUGGAGUCCCGCACACAGUUCAGGGUGCACGCCGCUCUGGCCAAACUCAAGGCCGACUCCGGUGAGGAGGAGGACACUCACAUGUAGGAGGACGUGUCUUCACGACUGGAAAGGCCCUUCACACUCUGGACUCUCCAUUUCCCAACACGGUUAUGGCUGCUCUAGCUUGAUUUUUUUUAUUUUUUUAUCCUAUAUCCAUUUUCAACAAGUGCAUGCUGGGUAUUUUAUCACUGUGUUCAGGUACACCUUUUUGGGUUUACACUAAGACAUCAUAGGACAAAGGUAUAACCUGUUUUAUCCCAGACAAGAGCAUUAAAGUGUUGAGCUGAGGGAGUGUAUAUACAGUAGACUUUAUUUUAUUUGAAAUAUUUUCAUGGUUUUACUUUGAAAAUUAAAUAACACUCAAUUUGAAUCAGUUGAUGGAAAGCCACUAUAAAUAUCUAAUAUAAGAAAUUUUAUGACUUAAUCAAAUGUAUAAUAAUGUCUUUAUUUUACUGUAUUAAAAGUGCUCUACAUGAUUACAUAAUGAAGUAACUUAAGCAUUCUGUGCUGGUUUGGAAUGACAACAUUUUAAGGUUCAUGGCAUUUCAACUGCCAAACACAUUUGAUCAAAGAUGUUUUUAAUCUAGAAAUUAAGAAAAAUAGUGAAUUGGCUUCAGGAUAUUUAUGACUCAGUCAGAAGCCAGUCUUCUAUGCACCGUCAUUCAUGUCUCAUUCUGUAUGGUUGCAUGGAAAUGCAUAUUGCUGUCGGACUCGCUCACACCUUCUUGGUGUUUGAAUUAAUUCAAAUUCAGUGUUUAGGCAUAUUUGUAACAGUGCAUGCACUUUCCAAAAUCUUCAAAAUGUAAACAAAUAUUUUUGCAUUAAUAAAUUCU